GCUGAAUCCCCUUCGUCCCUUACUCUCGUACAAGGCCCUGCAUCAUGUCCACUUCCCUGGCCUAUACCCCUGUCGAUGAGAUCCCCCAAAUCCACCAAAGCUUGAAGCAGGCCUUCGCUUCAGGGAAGUCUAGGGAUAUCCACUGGCGCAAGCAGCAGAUCCUGAAGCUAUGGCAUCUUGUCGAGGACAACCUCGACGGCUUCCGCAAGGCCCUCUUUGAUGACCUUGGCCGGGCGCCGGAAGAAUCGGACGGCACCGAAUUGAACUCGCUUCUGCUAGAAAUCAAAGCAGCAUACAACAACGUGGGGAAAUGGUCCCAGACCGAAAAGGCACCCUGGCACUAUAUGUGGUUUGCCAUGUCUCCUGCCACGAGGAUCGAGCCCAAGGGUGUCGUGCUCCUCAUCACGCCCUUCAACUUCCCACUGUACUUGAUUCUUGCCCCAUUUGCUGCGGCGAUUGCAGCCGGUAACGCUUGCUUGUUGAAACCCUCGGAGGGUGCUCCUGCGUGCUCUUCGCUCCUCGCGGAGUUAUUCCCAAAAUACAUGGACCAAGACUUCUUCCGCGUAGUCAACGGUGCCAUACCCGAGACCAGCAAGCUCCUUGAGCUUCAAUGGGAUCACAGAAACGGCACUGUUGCGAGGAUUGUGUGCACGGCUGCAGCACAGCAUCUGACGCCAGUCACACUCGAGAACCCCGCGGUCUUCGACCCGCGAGUCAGCAACCUCAAAGUUGCCGCGAAGCGCUUGAUGUGGGGCAAGCUGGCCAACGCCGGGCAGAUCUGUAUGUCGCCGGACUACGCGAUCGUGCCGGAGCACUUCCAGGAUGCGUUCAUCGAGGCGUGUAAGCAGGCAUACUAUGAGUUGCACCCGAGGGACCCCAAGGAGACGGGGAACAUGGCGCGCAUCGUGAACGAGCGCCAUGCGAAGCGCAUCAAGCGGCUGCUCGACAAUACCAAGGGCGAGGUUGUCCUAGGAGGCAACAUCGAUAUGGAAACGUACUUUUGCGAGGCAACCAUCGUGAAGGACGUCCCGCUCGAUGAUAUCCUUAUGAGCGAGGAGAUCUUUGGACCGAUUCUGCCUAUCGUCCCUGUGAAGGACGUCAAUGAGGCUAUCAAGGUCAUCAACAGCCUGGGUCACGCGCUUGUCCUUCAUGUCUUCUCGAGCGACUCGGGAUUCAAGAAGAAAGUCUUCGACAACACCCAGAGCGGCCUGGCGAUCGCAAACGAGACCCUUCUUCACAUUCAGACCGUGGGUAUUCCAUUUGGCGGUGUCGGCGCAUCCGGACAUGGCGCGACAACUGGGAAAGCGGCGUUUGACGAAUUUGUUCACCGGCGGGGCUCUAUCGACAGUCCGUUCUGGCUGGACCCUAUGAUGCUUUUCAUGCGCUACCCGCCGUACACAAGCCGGAACACGACGAUGCUCAACUUGGUUAUGCACCCCAAGCCGCCGGCAUAA